GGGGUGGAGAGCACCUCUUUUGGGCCAUGGCCGCAUCUGGGGAACCCGGCCGGCAGUGGCAGGAGGAGGUGGCCGCGGUGGUAGUGGUGGGCUCCUGCAUGACCGACCUGGUCAGUCUUACUUCUCGUUUGCCCAAAACUGGAGAAACCAUCCAUGGACAUAAGUUUUUUAUUGGCUUCGGAGGGAAAGGUGCCAACCAGUGUGUCCAAGCUGCCAGGCUUGGAGCAAAGACAUCCAUGGUAUGCAAGGUUGGCAAAGAUUCGUUUGGCAAUGAUUAUAUAGAAAACUUAAAACAGAACGAUAUUUCUACAGAAUUUGCAUAUCAGACUCAAGAUGCUGCUACAGGAACUGCGUCUAUAAUUGUCAAUAACGAAGGCCAGAACAUCAUUGUUAUAGUGGCUGGAGCCAAUUUACUUUUGAAUACCGAAGACCUGAAGAAAGCAGCCAGGACCAUUAGCAGAGCCAAAGUAAUGAUCUGCCAGUUAGAAAUAACUCCAGAAACGUCUUUGGAAGCCCUGAUGAUGGCCCACAGCAAUGGAGUGAAAACAUUGUUCAACCCAGCUCCGGCGGUUGCUGACCUGGACCCUCGCUUCUACACCCUCUCAGAUGUGUUCUGCUGCAACGAAACUGAGGCUGAGAUCCUAACUGGCCUGAAGGUCCACAGCCCUGCAGACGCCUCGCGGGCCGCUCAGUUGCUCAAGGGAAGGGGCUGCCGCGUGGUCAUCGUCACCUUAGGCGCUGAAGGGUGUGUGACGCUGUCAGAGACAGAACCCACGCCAAAGCACAUUCCCACCGAGAAAGUCAAGGCUGUGGAUACCACGGGUGCUGGUGACAGUUUCGUGGGGGCUUUGGCCUUCUACCUGGCUUACUACCCAAAUCUGCCCUUGGAAGAAAUGCUCAAGAGAUCCAAUUCCAUCGCAGCGGUCAGUGUCCAGUCUGCAGGAACACAGUCAUCUUAUCCAUACAAAAAAGACCUGCCACUAGAUCUGUUUUGAUUGCUACUAACCCUAAAAUAAAUGUACCUGGAAAUAAAAUAGACUGGGGAGAGGGAGGUGGCCUCUUUCAGCCGGCAGCUUACUAUAAAAGAUCCUCUUCUCCUUUCUUUGCAAAUACGUUCAUUUCUGAAGUCGCUCUCAGACUUUCAUUGACUUUUUUAUAAUGAUGAUUUCUUCACUUUUCGUGUAUUUGCAAGCGCCAACCAAAAUUAAGGAGUCCACGACUGGGACCUGUACAAACAUUAUGAGGACCAGGAAUCAGCCAACUCACUUGCCAACAGAUCAUGAAUGCUGUAUGUCCGCCACAGAGCAGGGCUUGUGGACGACAGUGUCUAGAGUCCGAGCAGAGAAUGUUAAGCAAAGGAAGGGGGCACGUGAAUUGGGCUGUUCAGGCAGUUCCCAAGAGAGACGGUUGAUAUUCAGGGUUAGUGUUGUAGAAGCUUCUGUUUUGUGAGAGAAGCCAGAAGUUUGGAUGUUUAUUGAAAUUUCUUCAGUGCUUAAGUAUCAGCAAUUGAUUUUUUAAAAAUGUAAACACCACCUGUGGGCCACAUGCAGGGCUUGUGCUGAAGAGACAAGUCAUUUAAGCCAGAUUUUAAGCUGUUGGUUUGCUUUUUUUUAAAAUGUCGAUUCAUGUGUGUCACAGGCCCUUUAUAGCAGGCUUAGGUAGGACCAGGUGAAGGAUUUUUCUUGUAACCCAAAAUGACUCUGUGUAGUUUCAACCAAAAAAUCGCCAAGAUCUCCCCUAUUAUAGCUUUGAACCAGAGAUUGAACAAAAGAUGCAUGGUAGGCAAGCCAUCAUUCUUCUACAUAAAUGCUUUAAAUGGUCUAGAAUACAAACCAGCAAAACUCAAAAUAAAAGCUGACCUUCUUACAUUCAGUCAGAAAUGUGAGGAGAAAACUGAGUAUUUCUGAAAAUCUGUAGGAAACAA